AUGCAGGACAAUCUACGGGCGCAGAUCAACUGGUUGAAGAAGGAAAAAGCGUACCAACCUAAGAAUGAAUUUCUACUCCGACUUUUAAGCAGCGACGUUGGUGGCAAGAAGCAGAAGUCCCAAAACGGAUCAGAAGCUCAGUCCCAACCGGAAAUGUCGGUGAUCGACCUCACAGCUGACUCCAGAACCAUCAAAGCAUCUUCUGACUUAGGGUCCAGCGCCAGAGUCUGGAACGCGAGUGCCGUAUUUAGUACUAUUGAAGGGAAUAGCACACAACGACCUGGGAUAUCAUAUUCUAACCCUGCAGUAACAAGUCGCUUUGGCAGGACAUCAGAGUCUACACAGCACUCCCAAAAACCAGCAUCUUUGCCAGCCACGUCAUACGUUGAGUCGGGAAGCCUCAGCGCAAAUCACAUAUCUGACCAGUCUUCUGACGCAGUACGAAGAACCCCGAAUCGACAAGCUUCGCUGGCGGAGCUGGUGCCACUUCAAGAUAGAGUUAUUGAGCUGCUCAAGAAGCAGACCGGACUCUUAAUGCACAAGUGCUCUAUCAUAGAGUCAACUUCCUUAUCCGAAGAUGCAAAGAGAGUAAAGAUACAAUCAGAAGUUAACCCCAGUCUAAGCACUUUGGAGAGCGAAAUUCGAACUGCGGGCUCCUUGGUAGAAGCCAUGAAAAGUGAAGCUUCGCAUCCUGUAGCACGUACUGUCGGAAAUUUAGCUACAACAAUCACUCAUACCCCUGCAAUUAGUACUGUCAGCAUCCGCACAGUAGCUAACAACUCUAUCCUACGCCCCCCUCCGCGACCGCAAGCUCCAGUCGUUGGUGUUCCGCAAGACCUAAUCACUGUGUUGGACGAUGAUGAUGACGAUGAUGAUGAUGAUGUUGAUGUUGACGGCGAAGAAGAGCCUCGAGUUAUUGCCAAGGUCCACACUUCGGCCAUAGGAACCGAAGAUCGCUCAAGCAACCCCGCUAAAAGGUCUCUACGCCCGCAUAAGGAGAUAAACUACAGAAUACCUGAGCUUGAAGAUAGUCUCAAUUACAACAUGAAGCCUGCGCUGGCCCAAAGUCGGCAAGAAGACAACGCAGAAGAGGAUACAACAAUGGAGGCGGAACUAGAAGACUCUCAGUUCCUGCUCACUGCUGAAGAAGAACAUGACGAAAUACAUACAAGUGAUCAUGACUUCGUUGCGGAUGGGCUCGAAAAUUUGCUAGAUGAAACCGACGAUGGAGAAUACCAUGAGGCUGUGAGCAACGCAGACGGUAUUAACUCUAGCCAAGGCGGUACGUUUCCCGAGGGGCCCACUCAAGGAUCCACAUUUGCGGGAGAGCUGUCCAACAUAGAGGUUAUAGGUUCAUCGCCUGUGCGUCAAAUUUCUGAGCACCAAGAAUACUCAAGACCCAAAACGCCUGAACUUGACCUUGUCGGGACUGGCUACGCUGAUGAUCCGGAGUUUGACCCAAUUGUUGACAGCAUUCAGCAGACCUUUCCAAAUAGCUAUGCCCAUAGAUCACCUGUCACCGGUUCAAUUACUGACAACAAUAUAGGGAGAAAUCAGGCUCUGCAAAACAGUAUUGAUGAUACUUUUACUCACAGCGAUUCAGAUGACUUUGAAGAUUUUGACGCGGAAAGAGAGAACUUAACACAGAAAUCAGGCAUAAGAAAAUUGGAUGAUGAUCUCAAAAUAAUCUCAGAGCAGAAACUUGAUGUUAGUAACGCGCGACCAUCUAAUAUUAAGCAGGAGGUUAUCAAUGUGGAAUCACUGUUAGACGAAGGGGUAGAAAACUUCCAAGGCGGGGCUUUGUCACUCUCCAGCAUUGGUGCCGCUGGGCAUGGAAACACUGGACCUCAGUUCGAAUGGACUGCUGAGGUUUACCAUCGACUCCAUAAUGUUUUCAAACUUCCCGGAUUCCGUCCCAACCAACUAGAAGCCAUCAACGCGUCUCUCGAAGGCAAAGACGUUUUUGUUUUGAUGCCCACUGGCGGUGGAAAGUCGCUCUGUUACCAAUUGCCGGCGGUUGUCAGGUCUGGAAAAACAAGUGGCACAACGGUAGUCAUAUCGCCCCUGAUAUCUCUUAUGCAAGAUCAAGUUGAGCAUUUGCUGGCCAAGAAUAUCAAAGCAUGUAUGUUCAGUUCCAAAGGCACUGCGGAUCAAAAGAGACAAACUUUCAAUCUAUUUAUCAAUGGAUUGUUGGAUCUCAUCUAUAUCUCUCCAGAGAUGAUAAGCGCUUCAGAACAGUGUAAAAAGGCUAUCGGAAAGCUUUACAGAGAUAAAAAACUUGCACGUAUAGUGGUUGACGAAGCGCACUGUGUAUCCAAUUGGGGGCAUGACUUCAGACCUGACUAUAAAGAGCUGAAAUAUUUCAAGAGGGAGUAUCCAGAUAUCCCUAUGAUUGCUCUCACUGCAACUGCUAGCGAGCAGGUGAGACUUGACAUUGUCCACAAUCUUCAAUUGAACAAUCCCGUUUUCCUGAAACAGAGCUUCAAUAGGACCAACUUGUAUUAUGAAGUCCUGAAGAAGAGUAAAAACGUUGUUUUUGAUAUAUGCAAUGCUGUCAAGACCAGAUUCAAGAAUCAAACAGGCAUCAUAUACUGUCAUUCCAAGAAUUCUUGCGAGCAGACUGCAUCGCUUUUACAAAGGAACGGCAUUAACUCUGCGUACUAUCAUGCCGGUAUGGAGCCAGAUGAAAGGCUUGAGGUCCAACAAGCAUGGCAGGCCAACAGAAUCCGUAUAAUUUGUGCCACUGUCGCGUUUGGUAUGGGCAUAGAUAAGCCUGAUGUUCGUUUUGUUUACCACCUCACCAUUCCAAGAACUCUGGAAGGGUACUACCAAGAAACUGGUAGAGCUGGAAGGGAUGGCAAGUUCUCGUUUUGCAUAAUGUAUUAUACGUUUCGCGACGUCCGAACUAUGCAAACAAUGAUACAAAAGGACAAGAACCUUGAUAGGGAGAACAAAGAGAAACACCUCACAAAGCUGCAACAAGUGAUGCAAUAUUGCGAAAAUCUGGCGGAUUGUAGACGGCAGCUUGUCUUGUCCUACUUUAACGAGAAUUUUGAUUCCGCGCUGUGCCGUAGAAACUGUGACAACUGUAAAAACAGCAUCAACACAACUACGGAAGAACGCGAUGUCACACAUGAGGCCCUUAACAUUGUCAAGCUAGUAUCUUCGGUACAGGGUGACAAAGUCACACUAAUUCAUUGUCAAGAUAUUUACAAGGGCUCCAGGAACUCGAAGAUUGUCCAGGCAGGUCAUGACCAGCUUGAAUAUCACGGGAUGGGUAAAGCGUUACCAAAAUCGGAUAUUGAGAGGGUGUUCUUCCGGCUUGUUACUACUCAAAUUCUUCAGGAAUACACCGUUAUGAACGGCCGUGGCUUUGCCUCAAAUUACCUAAAGGUUGGUCCGAAGGCCACCCAACUGUUGAACGGAAACCUCAAAAUAGUGAUGCAGUUCGCUGCUGCUGGUGAGAGUGGCUCGAGGCAAUCUUCUGUACCGCCCGCGCCUGCAACUAGGGCCGCCUCGACCGAAUUCAGGAAAGGGCAUACAAAUGCCAGGCAAACUACGUCUUCCGGUAGCCUUGCUCGUAAAACAUCUUCCUUGAUACCUGACCUUGGUGGGUUUGUCUACGAUGAUAAUGGGGCAGGCGCUUCGUCGGCACCAAAGAAGGUUUCUCGUCCAAUUGUACUUGGUGACAAGACGAACCUUCUUUCGCAUCAAGAGCAAUUAAGCGUGACAAGCGCGUAUCAGGAACUAAAGGAGAGAGCAAUUAGCACAGCACGAGAGUUGAGGUUUAAUGGGUUCAUGAGCGUUAUUUCAGAGACCGCGCUAAGAAAAGCAGCCGUCGUUUUGCCCUCGACAGAACAGCAAUUUCGUCAACUUCCAGGUCUCACCAGCACACAGGCACAGCAUUACCACUUUUUUAAAGAUCUGUUUGUGCGGUUAAAUGUGCUCAGAAAAUCGCUGCCCAAAGAUUCUUCCCAAAGGCUUUCGCAGACUCAGACCACCUCACCAUUCUUUCAUGGGCCUGGAGCUUCCGAGAAUAAUGAGGAGCGAGAGCGAGACGAAGAGAUCUUGAGGCAGAUCAGAGAUUCUCAGGCGCCUUCUCGAACAAGCGCUGUCGGCAAAGCCCCUGGAACAAAGCCUGCAGGCAGCCAAUCCAAGGCCAGACGAGGUAGGAAAUCUAAAUGGCACUCCAAGUCGUGGUCCAAAAGGUGA